AGUGGAGGCAAAAUCGGAUAUUGAUUAAAUUUUUCAGUAUAAUGUUGGAUCAUGGCCUGAUUACAGUGCUGUAUAUUUUUUGUUUAGUUUGCAAAUAAGAUGCUAUGUGAUCGAAGUGAUUUGAGACUGAGAGGCUACGCGGAGACCACCGUAGCGUCGGAACUUUACCAUUCGGAAGCAUGGAAGUGGUGGGAUACCGUUAAGAUGCGCGGGCGCCGGCCAGUCAGGCUGGCACUCAGCUGCGUGCGGACAUCUGAUACUGUCACAGUGAUUUUACCAUCAACAACUUAUCUUUCGGAGCUUUCUCUACAGAGAGAGCGCGUUUCGUUUUGCUUUUAACACCAGGUGUAGUGUUGUGAAUCAAGUUGUUGGACUAAUUUGGCGAAGCCGUUUGAUAUCUGUGUCGAAAUGCGAGUGAAGGGUCUAAGAUUGAUACAUUAACUUUAACUUGUCCUCCCAGUGCUUGGAAAAUUACUAGAGCAGUCUAUUUAAUAAAUUAAAAACUUCGAGUUAUUUUAGUAAGUCGAAAAAAAUACAAAAUGGAAUUACAAUUUAAUGAAGAUGGAAAGCCUUACGUGAUGUGGGGGAAAAAUAUAAUUCAAUUAGAAAAUGGACCUAUAACGGACAAACAAUCUAAAGAAAAGGCUGAGAAGGAACUUCGGGAAACGCCGGAGAUCGUGGCUGCUGCGAUAGAAGAACUCAGGAAACUUUUAAGAGGAGAGACCGGACUAGUAAUACCGAUAGACAACAAUGAGUUCCUAAUGAAAUUCCUGCGGCCAUGCAAGUUUUAUGCAGAAAGCGCUUACAAAAGGAUACAAGCAUACUACAAAUUCCGGACCGCGCACUCCGACCAGUGCUAUGACCUGACACCAACGUCAGUCCGAGCUGCGUUCGACCACUCCAUCGUGUCAAUUCUCUCGCCAAGGGACCAGCACGGCCGCAGGCUAAUGCUCGUUGAGUCGGGUGCCAACUGGAACCCGCGGGACGUAUCCCUGACGGAGGUCUUCCGAGGGAUCCAGCUAGGCUUGGAGGCGGCUAUGGUGGAACCACUCACGCAGAUCAACGGGGUCGUCUCCAUACUGGAUAUGAAGGGGCUGUCGUUCUCGCAAGUCAUGCAGUUCACGCCUUCCUUUGCCAAGAUGAUCGUUGACUGGAUACAGGACUGCGUCCCGAUCCGUCUAAAAGCUGUGCACAUCAUCAACCAACCAUACAUCUUCAAUAUGCUAUUCGCGAUCUUCAAGCCUUUCUUACGCGAGAAGCUGCGCUCGCGCAUACACUUCCACGGGAGCAAUAAACAAUCGUUAUUGGCGCAUGUCGACGCGAGCGCGUUGAGGUUACGCCAUGGAGGCACCUUGCCUGACCCUGAGAUCUCCGGGAAGAUUUUGUGGCAAAUGCUCCGUCACUACGAGGAAGAUUUCAAAGCUGCCAACUCCUACGGCUACGUCAGCAACAACAACAAAACAAAGUGACCGCGCUGGCAUGCAGCACACGUCGCGGGUCACGGGACGCCCACGCGUCAUGACCUCCAGCGGGCGGGCCCUUAGCGUAUAAAGCCGCAAUUAUCAUCAUUAUGAUAUAGGGUACACUAUAAACCUACAUUUCGGGACCAUUUUGUACAAUUUAAGGUUAAACUGUACCUUUUAGUUAAAUGUUCGUUUUAAGAAAUUUUACUGCAGUUGAUUUGGUAGCGGGUUACGUCUUAGUAUUUUCUAUGAAAAAAGUGUUUUAUAGCCCGACCAGGAACAUAAAAACCCUCGCCAUGUUGCGGAAAACUAAUGGUACUAAUUUCUUUUAAUGGCAACAUUAUCUGAAAACUUCAUUGACAUGUCACCUUGCAUGUCAGUCUAUUGCUGUCAAAGUGUAAAUAAACUUUAUUUUAAAUGUGCGCAAUUGAUUUUGUGAAUAAAAUUGCUAAAAUAUUUUUAUAGUCGUGAAAGAAUAGUGGUUCACAAUGUGUUAAAGUAUUUGUCGAAGAGAAAUACUAAGGAUUCGGACAAUAUUUUCAUUGAAUAAUGUUUCCAACAAAGGUUGUCAAAUUGACUGACAUGUUUAUCGCAUAGUACAGUCCACUAUGAAAAUUAGCUGUGGUUUGUUUCAACUACCUAUUUUAAAAUUAUUUGUCACUUUCUAAGUGUUGAAUUUUAUGGAAUUGGGAAAAAAGUACCGAGUUUGAAGCGUUCAUGAGCAAACAUUGCAGUUGAAUAUUCAAGUUCUGAAUUUGAUUAUUGAUGAGUAAUAAAAUAAAUCCUACUAGCUCGAUUGAUGGUUUCAUUUAAUUUAUUUAAACCAGGUUACCUAUAAUAAUGUUUUUUCGUUAAUUUAUGAAAAUAUCAAAUUAGCCCGUAAUCCUGAAUCCUAAUACAUAAAGUUAGCCUAUUAAUUUAACACAGGUACGACUGUACUCAGUGUUGCACUAUCAAAUGCAAUUGACGCGCCUCUAUGCCAGGGUUUUUAUGUUCCUGUGGGUCUAGACAAAGUGCACAUUUUAAUCGCAAACCAGUCGAAAAGUGGUCGAGAAGCCUUUUUUUGUAUGGAGUUUUGACGCAUUCGAUUUUCGAUUCGAUCAAAAAGUGCACUUUGUCUAGACCCACUGGUCAGGCUAUAACAGCCAAAUGGAUUUUGGUGUCAUGUAAGUAAAAUAAUAAUAAUGUAAAGUUCAGGCAAUAAUAAAAACAACUAAAAACAAAAACUUAAAAUUACCACUCGUUACAAGUAAUAAAUUUAUUUAUUUUUGAUACUCAAGUUAUGAAAUGUGGUAAAAGGAUGUCAUUAUACUCGUGUAAGGUAAAUUAAAUAAAAUGUCCAAGUUCAAACUCUCAGUAUAGUGAACCAAUGUUAAUAGAUCCCUAUUGUAAUCGUUAUUUUAAUAAGAUAGGUAUAACAUAAUGUGACUGGAACUAACCACGUUAUUUAUUAUAAUAUGACAUAGUAAGUCAAAUACUGUGAUUGGCUGUUCCUGUUACCAGUAUGUAUGGUAGACCAAUUUAUUAUGAAAGCAUUUUCAGAGCCAUGAAAUUGAGUUCUAUCAAAAUAUCAUCUGUGAUAAACAUAACAUUCACCAUAUCCAUUUCAUACAUUUUGAGUUCACAAUAAGUUUGUUAGGAUUUUAAUGCCAAUACGUAUUUAUAAUGUCGGAAAACUGACUUGGUCACAUUUUUAUAGUUACGUCUAGGUAUAAGUAGUUAAGUUAUUAUAACUUAUAAAUUACGCCAAGUACGUAUUCAAUUCGAUUGAUCCUGUCUAAUCCAUAGGGUUUUUUCGCCUUAAGCAUAUUUAACGCCCGUAUUCACAAAUGAUGCUUUCUUAUCAGUAAAUCGAACUCACAGCGUUGAAUAGAGUUCUGUGAUUGGUUCGUGUGUAAUCCUGUGCGCCUCAUAGUAAUGUUUGUGAAUACGGGUGUUAAUUUCUGACUGGUUGUGACCUCAGCCUAUUUACAACACUCACAAUGGAAAAAGAAGAUCAAAGUACGUACUAUGUAUUUUAGUUACCGUUUUAAUAAAUAUAACUUAUUGUUAAAUUGUGUACAAAUGCGGUUUUGGUUGUAUCGGUAAUAAUACAAUAAAAAUAAAACUACGUUUUAAAAAUA